UCAUCAAUGGAGUGCUUCAAAUUUACUCUUGCUCUCACAGCAAUAGCUUUUCUCUCAGCCACACUCUCCUCAGCUCACCCUGGCUUCAAUUUUGGCUGGGGUGGCCCUGGUGGAAAUGGUGGAUUUUCUUUUGGCCUUUACCCUGAAUUCUAUCAGUUCUCAUGCCCCCAAGCUGAUGAGAUUGUCAUAUCAGUGUUGGAGAGGGCCAUUGCCAAUGAGCCCAGAAUGGCUGCCUCUUUGCUUAGGCUUCACUUCCAUGAUUGCUUUGCCCAGGGCUGUGACGCAUCUGUAUUGUUGGAUGAUAGUUCCACAAUAGUCAGUGAAAAGAAGUCUUUGCCAAACAGGAAUUCUCUCAGAGGCUUUCAAGUGAUUGAUGAGAUCAAGGCCAAGUUAGAAGAAGCAUGUCCUAAUACUGUCUCUUGUGCAGACAUUCUGGCCCUUGCUGCUCGUGGCUCCACUGUAUUAAGCGGUGGACCGAACUGGGAGCUCCCAUUGGGAAGGAGGGACUCAAAGACAGCAAGCAUCAGUGCCUCAAACAACAACAUUCCACCACCAAACUCUACUGUCCAAAACCUCAUAACAUUUUUCAAGCGUCAAGGGCUCAACGAAGUUGACCUUGUUGCACUCUCAGGUGGGCAUACAAUUGGAGUUGCAAGGUGUACGACAUUCAAGCAGAGGCUCUACAACCAAAAUGGAAACAACCAACCCGACCAGACUCUGGAGAAAGCCUACUACUAUGGCUUGAAAUCUGUUUGUCCCAGGAACGGUGGAGACAACAACAUCUCUCCCUUGGACUUCGCCUCCCCAGCAAGAUUUGACAACACCUAUUUCAAGCUCCUCCUGUGGGGAAAAGGGCUUCUUACCUCGGAUGAAGUGCUUUUUACAGGAAGUGUUGGGACGACCAUGGAAUUGGUCAAGAAAUAUGCUGAGGAUGAGGGCUUGUUCUUCGACCAGUUUGCUAAGUCGAUGGUCAAGAUGGGCAGCAUCAGCCCUCUCACGGGCUUCAAGGGUGAAGUUAGGAAGAACUGUCGCCGACUUAACUGAGCCAUAUCAAUCAACUGUUCGAUCGGCUUGUUUAUUAUAUGCUUUUUUUCUGUUGUGUUUGGCCUCUUAUUCUAUGGGGUUUGUAUUUUGUAAUGUGUUUGGUAAAGCUAAUGGUCAG